AUGGCCAAAGGGCUCUUGGUGACCUAUGCCCUUUGGGCUGUAGGAGGCCCUGCUGGGCUCCACCACUUGUACCUGGGGAGGGACACUCAUGCACUGCUCUGGAUGCUUACCCUGGGGGGUGGCGGGCUGGGCUGGCUCUGGGAAUUCUGGAAGCUCCCGAGCUUUGUAGCUCAGGCCAACAGACCCCAGAGGCAGAGGCAGAGCUCAGUAGGGAGGACACCCCCUCUCAGUUUCAUUCGCUUUGUCGCCCAGGUGAUAGUGGGCAUCUAUUUUGGCCUGGUGGCUCUCAUUAGCCUUUCUUUCAUGGCCAACUUCUAUAUUGUGGGCCUCCCACUGGCAGUUGGCUUAGGGGUCUUGCUUGUGGCUGCUGUUGGCAACCAGACCUCAGACUUUAAGAAUACACUAGGGGCAGCAUUUCUUAUUUCCCCUAUCUUCUACGGCCGCCCCAUAGCCAUCCUUCCCAUCAGCUUGGCUGCCAGCAUCACAGCCCAGAAGCAUCGCCGCUAUAAGACUUCAGUUGGGUCAGAGACACUCAGUGUCCGGCUCUACCGUCUGGGCUUGGCUUACCUUGCUUUCACAGGCCCACUAGCCUAUAGCACCUUCUGCAACACAGCAGCCACCCUUAGCUAUGUGGCAGAGACCCUUGGCUCCUUUUUGAGUUGGUUCAGCUUCUUCCCCCUCCUUGGCCGCAUCACAGAGUCUGUCUUCCUUCUGCCUUACCGGAUCUGGAGGCUGCUGGUGGGGGAUCCUGGUUUCAGCAACAACUCCUUCCGUGAGUGGGAGAAGCUCUAUGAGUUUGUUAACAGUUUUCAGGAUGAGAAGCGUCAGCUGGCUUACCAGGUUUUGAGUGUCUCAGAGGGGGCAACAAAUGAAGAAAUACAUCGAAGAUACCGGGAGCUAGUGAAGAUCUGGCACCCUGAUCACAACCGACACCAGACAGAGGAGGCUCAGAGGCACUUCCUGGAGAUCCAGGCUGCAUAUGAAGCCCUGAGUCAGCCCAGAAAGCCCAAGGGAUCCUGA